GCUGGUUCCGGGUCCUGUGACCCGUCAGGCGGUGGCGCGGGCGCACGGCGGCCGGCCUCGGGGACGUUGCCGACGGCCGGCGGGGGCUCCGCAGGCGCGCGGGGACAGCGCGACAGGGCGGGGGCCCCGGCGCGGAGCCCGAGCUCGCGGGAAGAGGGGGACGGCCGGCUCGAGCGGGGCCGGGGGGGGGGGCUCAUGGCGGGCGGGGGACCCGGGGACCCGGGCCAGGGGGCGGCGGGGGCCGCUGCGCCCGAGACCCGCGAGCACCUCUUCAAGGUGCUGGUCAUCGGUGAGCUCGGCGUGGGCAAGACCAGCAUCAUCAAGCGCUACGUCCACCAGCUCUUCUCCCAGCACUACAGGGCCACCAUCGGGGUGGACUUCGCCCUCAAGGUCCUCAACUGGGACAACCGGACGCUGGUGCGCCUGCAGCUCUGGGACAUCGCGGGGCAAGAGCGGUUUGGCAACAUGACCCGAGUAUACUACAAAGAAGCUGUUGGUGCUUUUGUAGUCUUUGAUAUAUCGAGAAGUUCCACAUUUGAGGCUGUCUUAAAAUGGAAAAGUGAUCUGGAUAGUAAAGUUCACCUUCCAAAUGGCAGCCCUAUUCCUGCUGUCCUCUUAGCUAAUAAAUGUGACCAAAAAAAGGAUGGUGGCCAGAAUCCUCCCCAGAUGGACCAAUUCUGCAAAGAACAUGGUUUCACUGGAUGGUUUGAAACCUCUGCAAAGGAUAAUGUAAACAUUGAUGAAGCAGCCCAGUUCCUCGUGGAGAAUAUUCUUGCAAACCAACAAAGCUUUCCAAAUGAAGAAAACGACGUGGACAAAGUUAAACUGGAUCAGGAGACCUUGACCGCAGAGAGCAAGUCCCAGUGUUGCUGACAUGGUUUCAGUGUCUGCCCCGCGUGCAGAAUGCAGUCUGCCUGGGCUGGAGCCAGUCCUGAGAAUGGAUAAGGUGGCGGGUGUGCUGUUCUGUGAGUCCUCCCGGGGCUGCACUUUAAAUGAAUGCUCUGGUUUUUCUUCGGGUUGGAUGAAUCUUUCUCCCUGUUCAGAACGACAGUGAUGGCACCCCUGGGAGCCUGCGCCCACAUGGGGGUUUUCUGGUGGUCGCCAUGAGUUCAGGAUAAUGUUUACAUCCUCUGUAACAUCUUUUUAAAUGAUGGCCCCCCCCUUACCAAUUCCAAGUUGUGCCUUGUAGCGGCAGUGCUGGGAUGGUAAGAAACCUGACCUGCAGUCUUUGAGCAAGGCUAUAGGUCCCUGUCUUGUCUCCACAUUCCAGUCUCACUCUCCAGGGAGGCUGCAGACUCUGGUAGUCACAGAAGGCUUGAAGUUCCUGUUUUGCAGUUUUUCCUUUUUUUUUCCCCCUACUUCAAACUUUGAUACUUCAUGUAAAAUUGUUAUCCUUAAAUAUUAUAAUUUCAAGAGCCCUACCCAGGGUGGCAUGUCCUUAUCAAGGACUCAGCACACACAUGGCGCUGGGUUUCUAGCUCUGGUUUGGUUGCUGGCAGUUGGAAACAAUAUAAAUGAAUAUUCCUUCUCUCUCACUCCAGUUUUUUUUU